AGAAAUUCAUUCAGAUAAAAAGUUGGAGAAUUAUUAGUCAACUAAUCGAUACAAAAUCCAUUUCACCUCACCUUCAAAUGACACCAACGCUUAACCACUUGCAUCUGCUUCGUCACCCUUACAUCCACCAACAAAGAGUUCCCUUCCAAAGACAAAUCCCAGCACCAUCGUGACCGCCACCCUCACAUCAUUAUCAACGAGUCAAUGACCUAUGCAUACAUCGUUGUUGUGCUCUCUCACCAUCAUCACGCCACCCCCUCGCUAGGACGAACACUUACUUAUCCUUUGGUCGCGAGCUCCAAUUCAUCCUUAUGAUAAAAUCACACGUCUAAGGAACACGGAAAAGGGCUCAACAUGGUUUCCGGUUUGAAAAGAAAACCGUGAUGCGAAAGGGUGAAGCUAUUCGUCUCUGCAAAGAAAAGAAAGGAGAGGACGAGAGAGCGACACACAAACACACAACUAAAGGAAAGCAAAUUGCCAAUCAAAUUGGCCAUUUUUUUUACUAUGUAUGUUUUAAAACUAUUGCUUACAUGGACCGUAAAUCAUGAUUUGAAGGAAAGAUAGUGAUUCUCCCGAGAGAUGAUCCAAUUUACAACUUUGAAUAUCAUACAUGAUCGUAUGUAUUAUGUAAAAGGUUAAUGUAUAUCAUACACUUAGAUAUUCCUAAGUUAUACGCAGUACUACAUACAUAAAUGAUUAAAAUAAUAAGAUAUCAACUUUUAAUGGGACAAGUUCGAAUCUUAUUCUUUGCUAAGGAUUUCGGAUUUUUUAAAAGGAAAUUUGCCAAAGAGCUCGAGGAACCGAUCGGGAAGCUUUAGCAAAUUCAAUUGGCAGGCAAGCAGCUAGGCAAGUCUCUCCUUCAUCCUCUUUGCCAUUUCUUCUGCAAAAUUUACGCAUCACAUUACAUUUUCCCUUAAUGUCUGAUUAAGAAUUACUGUAAUUUGUUAUUGAAGACAAACAAAACCAAUGACUCUUCAUCUUUUAAGAAGAACCCUAAUAUCAUCUUCGUCAUUCAAACAUGAACCUUCAAAUCUCACCAAACUAUCUAAUUUCCCCCUUUUCUCUACUGUAGUGACCCAAAUUAGAAAACCCACUUCUGAAAUUACUAAUUAUUUGAUUAAGAACCACAAUUUCUCUCAAGAAACCGCUUCAAAAACCGCAACUUUUCUAACCCGUUUGAAGGACUUCAAAAAAUCCGGAUUAGUUCUUGAAUUCUUCGAAAAAAAUGGAUUCUCAAAAACCCAGUUGGAGGAAUUGGUGAUACGUGAUCCUGGUGUUCUUGCUUCCGAUCUUAACAAAAGUAUUAGGGUAAAAUUCGAAGGAAUUAAGGAUUUAGGUUUCUCAAAUGAUGAACUGGCCAAUCUAUUGUGUGCUGCUCCGGCCAUUUUAACCCUACCACGGUCAGGUGGUGCUAUCGUUUCGUCGAUUUCUGCGUUGCAAAAUAUUGUGGGCUCGAACUCUGAUGUUACAAAGCUAUUAAAGGUUUGCAAUUGGUUUCUUAAUGGUGAUUUGAAUAGUAAUUUGUUGCCUAAUAUUGAAUUGAUGAAGAAAUGUGGGAUUAGCCAAUUGCAAAUUAGGCAAAAUCUUUUUAGUUUCCCAAGGUUAUUCUUGCAAAAACAUGAGAUUAUCAGGGAUUGUGUUAGGAGGGUUGAUGAGAUGGGAUUGAGAAGGGAUUCAAAAAUGUAUAUCCAUGGGCUUCGAGUUUUGAAAUCUAUGACUCUAGAAAAGUGGGAAUCGAAACUGAAGCUAUUCAAAAACUUAGGUUUUAGUGAAGGCGAUAUUCUGUCCGUGUUUCGCAGGACACCUCAGGUGUUUGCAGUAUCAGAGAAGAAGAUAUUAGAGGUCUCCAAGCUAUUGCUUAGCUAUGAGAAUGUUGAUGUAGCAUUUUUGGUUCAACAUCCAGAAUUGUUUAUUUUUAGUGCUGGUUCUAGAAUUAGGCCUCGAAUGGAGAUCAUCGGUGUUCUCUUAUCAAAGAGUUUGCUUUUGAAGGAGCCUAGCUUGACAACUCUGUGUAAGCUUGAUGAUGAAGCUUUCAUCUUGAGAUAUGUGAUUCCAUAUGUUGGUGAAGUUGGUGAGGUUGGUGAGAAAUACCUUGUUAGCACAGGUUUUAAAUCUCUUUAGUUUUCGGGGUGUAGAGAAGAGUCUUUGUUUCUUUGAUGAUUUCGAUUAAUGAUGAUCAACUCAAGGCUGGACUACUACCAUCAAGACAUUGUUUUAGAUCAGGAUUAAGCCUCGUAUGGAGAUCAUCAGUGUUCUCGUAUCAGAGAGUUUGCUUCAGAAAGAGCCUAGCUUGACUACUCUGUGUAAGCUUGAUGAUGCAGCUUUCAUCUUGAGAUAUGUGCUUCCAUAUGCUUCAUCUUGUUAGAACAAGUUUUAAAGAUCUUUAGUUCUUCAAUGUCUUCCAUUAAUAAUGAUCAACUCAGACUACUCGAGGGUGGUCUACCAUCAUGGCAUUACUUCAGAUCAGGUAUCAACUUUAUGGAAUUUUUUUCUUGUUGGUUGUAUCAGAAUUUUGCAAAGAACCACUGUGAUGAAAUCUUAUUCUUUUUUGCCGUCUUCCCCCGUUUCAUUGGUUCUAGUAAGUAACUUUUUGUAGUUCAAUGAAUCUGUCUAUUCGCAUGAACCUGUCAUCUGUUUAUCAUGUGGUGUUACAUCUGUAUAAGUGAAGGCCAACAUAUCAAUGCCUAAAUCGUUGUCGUGGGUUAGUCUAGAUUAUAAUAUUAGAUUGAUUUGAUUCAAACUCACAUGUUGAGUUCUUCUUUCUUCUGUGUUGCUUGGUAGCUACCUCUCUGCUUGAUAACUUAUAUGACGAGGUGGAUCCAACUUCUUCCUGCCUCGGCUGAUUGUAGAAAAUUGUUUUGUAUUGGUUGUUAAGAAGGUAUUAUUUCGGUAUAUCAUCCUAAAUUGAUCUCCUAGUACUCCGUAAUCAUCCUUUAGCACCACUUGUCUUCCUAAUGACCAUCCUUAAGUCUUGAUGUGGAAUCCUAAUAAACAUUUACAUAAUUACAUGGUUUUCAAUUUUAUUUUUUUUGUAGAUUCACAAUUUUAUAUUUAAGGUAGAUCAAAUAAAUACUACGGAGUAGAAUUUAAUAGGAUUUUUUGAAGUGGUUUUCAUAUGAGUGCAAACAGGCACUUGGAGGUGAUUUCAAAUUACAUUUGUACAUUGUAGAUGGUUGUUACUUGUUAGAGUACGAAUGCACUUGUUGAAUUUCGUAGGGGGCGUUUGGUUCACAUGAGGUAAAGGGAAUGGAAUAAACAAAGGGAAAGAAAGAGAAUGGAAAUAAUUCCCUUUGAUUUAGAAUGUUGUUUGGUUAUCAUUUUCAAUAUUUCACAUCUUUCCCUCACCCUUGUUCCAUAGAGCUGCCGCCCCUUCUUCUCCAUAGCCGCCGCCGACUCUUCUUCUCCGGUACCUCUGCAUUUAUCUCUUGCCGCCGCUGGUGGUCGGUGCCGCUGCUUUCCUCUCCGUCAUCGGGGCUCCACCACGCAGCUUGCCUUGUUGUUGCGGUGGUCAUUAGCGAUUGUUGUUAUUGUCGGUGGUUAAUGUUGUUCGACCUCCUCUAUUUCUUUUCGCCUCCUCAGUUCAGCUACGCCGGAGCGCCAACCUCUGCUCGUCAUUUCUACCGGCCUAGGGUUAGAGGUGGUGGUCUGGCGGUGGAUGGCCGAGGUAAUGGUCUGGUUGUGGGUUACGGAUAUAGGGUUAGAGGAGGGAGAGAGGGGGUGGGUACGUGAAGGGGGAAUGGGAAUGGAAAAGUCUAGGGGGGGGUGGGGAAUCAAGGUAGAAGGUUUUGUGGGUAACUCAAAAAGGAAAUUGGGUAAAGGCAAUGGUGAAACAUGCCAAACAAACAACAACAAAGAAUGUUUUCCCUUUCCUAAAGACCCCCAACCAAACCCCCCUUUGUUCUUUAAGCAGGACCUUGAGGUCACCAUAGUAGAUUCCUAGCUUCAAUGAAGUGUUAAUAUUAUCAGUUCACAAGAACAACAAAAGGACUUCACGGCAUCUCUUUCGUCAAUCUCGGUUGAUCAUCAGAUAUUCAGAUCUCUUCCGAGGAACAUCGCAAAAGGAAAAGAAAUGAAAUUGGUGUUCUAUACAGUUUUAAGCAUUAGGCUUGGUAAAAAGAACCCUUCCAUUUACCUUGAUUUUUUGAGUUAGAGCUCGAGAUUAUGUUAGCGUGUGUUCUAUUCACCUGAUUUUCACUUAUUUUGUCUUGAACUUUAACUUAUUUGGACUUAUUUGAAUUUAUCCAACGUAUUAGAACUUAUUUUAAUUAUAAACUGUAUUUGCUCAACCCUUAUUUUCUCUGAACUUAUUUUUCUUGAAAUAAGUGAAAACAAAGUGAAUAGAACAAGAGCCUUAGUUGCACUCGAAAAUUACAAGUUCUUGUAGAUUAAACAACCAAUUACUCUUACCUCCCACCCUACUGUUUGGCAAAAUCUUGCAUGAAACGGUUUUGCUAUAUACUAAUUGUGAGUACAAGGUGAUUUUAUUUAAGGGUGACAUUGUUUAAUUGUGGAAUCAGUUUUAACUUUUGAUGAUAAACUAGUGUUCCCAUCUCACCUCAUGAUCUAUUUGUACAGUUAUCUUCUUAGCACAAAUGGCUCCUCGCAUCAUUAAUAAGUAGCUGAUUUUACAACAUCGAGAAGGAGUUUUCUCUGCACGGAGUAUAUUGUUAGCUUGGAGUCAUUGUGUCCAUCCGAUAGGAUGGUUUCAGGUAGUCCGUCUGAAUUUUCUUGCCUUAUUAAAAAAAAAACAUAUUUAAAGCAGGUGAAUUCAGAAGAUCAGUUUCGUACAUCAUUUUCUUUCACUUUUUUUUUUUAAUGUUAACGUGUUAAAUUUAAAUUCAUAAGAUCAUUAAUUUCUUAUAAAUUGGGGUUAGUCUUAUAUAGAAAGUUGCUAAGUGGAGUAUGUUUAAGAAAGUUAACAUGUUCUACUGAAUCUAUUUGUGCAACCUGCGUGUUGAUGUAUUUGUCAUUAGUUAAACUCGUUUUUCAAACCGACCAUAUUUAUUAAUUAGACAGAAAAUUUGCAUA